AUACAGUGUAAGGAUAGUAAAUUGGCCUACCUACCCGUAUAUAGGUUAGGAUAGGAUUUAACUUUAGAAGCUGAGCAAGAGCCAGUAGUAAAAACAGAAACCAACAAAGUGAGACAUUGGGAGGUGAAUACAGAACCUCCGAAAAAUAGAACAGCAGAUACAGGUUGGGACGGACAGAAAAACGUUAUUUAUAGUCAAAAUAUAGUUCAGGAAAACGGUACCACAGACUUUGUAGAUCGCGAAUCUAUUUCAGAUAGUCUUCAUAAUACAAAACGUCAAUGGGAAGGUGCCUUUAAAGAUCAUAUUGAUAAUCGAUUUAAGGAUACGAAGGAUAAAACUAAAGAAAGUGGCAAACGCUGGGAAGUGAAACUACCUCCCCAAUCUCUACCUAGAAAUACAAUAAAACAACAACAAACCCAAGUCGUCUCCUCACUAAAUAACAAAAUGGCCGAAAACGAAAGUGCCAUUGAUCGUGAAAUUAGAUUAGCCAAUGAGAGAGAAGAACUCUUACGACGUGAAAAGGAGGAACGUUUAAAAUUAGAGGAACAACAAAAUGGACGUUUAGAUAUUUCGUCGUUUGAAAACGUAGCUAAAUCUCCACCUGUAAACAAACCACUUUAUCACGAGAUGACUGAAGCUGAUCGAGGAUCUGAGAUGUGGCAACGGGAAACUUUGAUCCAACAAGAAUUACGUGAACAAGAAGAACGAGAACUUGCUUUAAAAAGAAAAAGUUUAACUCCAGUACGAAAUCGUCAGGACAGUGAAACUACAGAAGAAGUACCAUAUGAAAGUAUAAUACAAAGAGAAAUCAGACUCCAGAAGGAAAAGGAAGAAGAGCUAGAGAAACAACGAACAAAGAAAGACAUAGUAGUUGACACAAUUUCUAGCCAACCGUCGACCCCGAAACAAACUGUGAUUACCAAUGAUAAUAAUUCUGUACAAAAUGAUAUUAAUCAUAAUGAACAAAAAGUUAACGUAUGUUACGAGGAUGCUAUUUCUGGAUUCCAACACGAGGGUGAGAGUUUAAUCGCCCGGGAAAUGAGGGAGUUACGAGAGAGGGAAGAGGAAGUAAGACGACAAAGAGAGCUUGCUUUAAAUACCAGCAGAGAUUCCUUAUCCAGUAUAUCAACACCGCCCAAAUCAGCAUCUUCAAAUUCCAUUCCACAUUCAUCCUCUUCAUCUUCCCUUCAUCCCAAACAAGGAACCUGGCAAAAAGAUGUCUCUCCCUAUAUUCAACCGAUUGAUCACAAACGUAGUGCUUCUGUGGAUUCUCUUGCCUCUAGUCAGAGUACUGGUCGAACACCAUCUGACUGCACUCCGUCUCGUGAUAUCAAGGUCAUGCCUAAUGUACAAGAUGACUCGGAUGAUGAGGAAACACCCAAACACACGCCAAGUUCUGAAACACCAAUUCAAAGAGAAAUAAGAUUAGCUCGAGAAAGGGAAAACGAACUUCGUCGUAGUAAGGGAUUACCAGAAAUAGCUGAACCAAAACAAGAGCAGACAACCCCUAAACAGAAAUCACAGAAUGAUAUCACAGGAACUCCGACUAGUUCCUAUUCAUCACCAAGAUAUCACCGGGACAACGAUGGACAAGCGGUUAGAAGUUAUGCAUCUAGUAGGUUACAACAAGAAUUGAGUAGUCAGAAAGAACGAGAGUUAUUAUAUCGAAAAGAAGGACGAAUUAUCACCACUUCUGAAGAACAUAUCGAACCAUUAAAAUAUAAAGAAGUUACUGGUAUGGAUCAAGUUGAUGGACCAGUAAAACGUAAUUUUAACACAAAGAAAAGUUCCAAUAUGAAUUCGCUACAAUCUCCAGAAAACAUUAAUAUAGUGGUUGAAGAAACGACCACUCCAACACGGCAGACGUCAUCACCUGUUAAAGCAGUUAAAGGUGGUAGUGGAGCUCAAUUUUCUUAUAAAGAAUCUCGGCAAACAGCUGAGUCUAAAAUUGAGCGAGAGUUACGUGAAAUGAGGGAACGUGAACAAGAGUUGAGAAAAAAAAAUAAUCCAGAUUUGAACGAAGAAGAUGAGCCGGAGAGUCCAAGGGAGACAACUCUGAACCAGAAGACAGCAGGACCAGACGGACAGACAAGAAGCUUGGCAGAUCAAUGGGCACAGAUUUGCCAGAGUUAG